CCUCGGACCGGGCUGCGUGCGCAAAGCCGGAACGGCUGCGGAGCAGCCGAAGGAAUGUGACGACAGCCCCUGCAUAGGGCUCCCUGCACGCCAUGGCUCGUCCCUAGUCUCCUGCCGACACUGGGGGUUCCCGCUCACCGCUGGAUGUGCCUUAUGCCAUCUCCCUACCCUCGUGGUACCCGUGUCCCUUGGGUGCCUCUGUGCCUGGAGGCGCUCCAGACCCCCAGUACCCCCACACUCCCCAGCUCCUCCGCACAGCCCCGGGGCAUUGCUCUGGGAUCAGAGUUACAUCAUCGGCAGACCCCACUUGCCCCCCAAGCCCGCCCAUGCCCCGGUGGCUUCCACGGCCUCGUCCUGCCCAGUGAGGGGCCGGGGUGCGGGCAGGGCUGCCCAUGGCCGGGGAUCACUGGACACUGCCCACGGAGCGUCCCAGGGGUGGCUGCCGGGAGGGAGCAGCGAGCAGAUGGCAGGGCGGGCCGAGCCGACAAUCCUCUAAUCCCAUCAGCGCCGCGGGGGCUGAGCAGAGCCGAGCCGGGCCAUGGCGGGCACACGGGCACACGGCUACCUCCUGCACCCGCUGCUCUCCCAGCUGUGCUGCGUUUGUCAUGGGCUCCGCAUGUCCACGAACACGCGGAUCCUCUACACGCUCCUGCAUGUCCUGGCCUCUGCCGUGUGCUGCCUCAUGCUGUCCCGCACUGUGGCCCAAGCCAUCACAGAGAAGGUGCCCUUCUCCGCAGUGCUGUGCCAACACCUGCCUGGGGGCACAGACUGUGAGCGGCUGGUGGGCUCCUUGGCCGUGUACCGGGUCUGCUUCGGCACCUCCUGCUUCCACCUGGCACAGGCUGCCCUGCUGCUCAACGUGCGCUCGAGCUCUGACUGCCGCGCGCAGCUCCACAAUGGGUUUUGGCUCCUGAAGCUGCUGGCACUGGUGGGCCUCUGGGCUGCAAGCUUCUUCAUCCCGGAGGACAACUUCAUCCAAGCCUGGCACUACACGGGUGUCUGCGGGGGCUUCGCCUUCAUCCUCAUCCAGCUGGUGCUGAUCACGGCCUUUGCACAUACCUGGAACAAGAACUGGCUGACGGGCGCCGCGCAGGAUAAGCGCUGGUACCUGGCCGUGCUGCUGGCCACAGCCGCCUUCUACACCCUCGCCUCUGCCGCCUUCUCCUUCCUCUACAAGUUCUACACCCACCCGGCCGCCUGCCACCUCAACAAAGCACUGCUCACCAUCAAUGGCAGCCUCUGUGGCAUCAUGUCCUUCAUCUCCAUCACGCCCUGUGUGCGACUCAAGCAGCCGCGGUCAGGGCUGUUGCAGUCCUCAAUCAUCAGCUGCUACGUGAUGUACCUCACCUUCUCUGCGCUGUCCAGCCGUCCCCCGGAGAGAGUGCUCUACAAGGGUCAGAACCUCACCGUCUGCUUCCCGGGGGUCCGGCAGGACGAGCUGCAGACAGAGGACACCACCGUCGCCGUGCUGGGCGCUGCCAUCAUGUAUGCCUGCGUGCUCUUUGCGUGCAAUGAAGCCUCCUACCUUGCCGAGGUUUUCGGGCCCCUCUGGAUGGUCAAAGUCUACAGCUUUGAGUUUGAAAAACCCUCCUGUUGCUUCUGCUGCCCCGAGAAGAUGGAGGAGGAACUGAGAGGAACCGAGCAGACGUGUGAGCAAGUGGAGGAGAGUGCUAGGGGACAGUUCCUUGUCCAGGAUGAGCAAGAUCGGGUGGUCUACAGCUACUCAGCCUUCCACUUCGUCUUCUUCCUUGCCUCGCUCUACGUCAUGAUGACCCUCACCAACUGGUUCAGCUAUGAAAACGCGGUGCUGGAGACCACCUUCACACACGGCAGCUGGUCAACCUUCUGGGUGAAGGUGUCCUCAUGCUGGGCCUGUGUCCUGCUCUACCUGUGGCUGCUGCUGAGCCCCUUCUGCCUCCACAGCUCCCCACAGCACCGGCGCAGCAGCACGGGGCCGCGCGUUGUGCGGCGACGACGUGCCCCGCAGCGCAUCAGUGUCUCCACAUAGUCCCUGCCAGGACGAACUGUACCUGGGGCUGGUCCCUGCUGCACCCUGUGCCCUGGCGCUGCCUAGUCCUCCUGGCCUCCUCUGAUCCCCCAUCCCAGGAGAUGGUGGCAUCUGAGAGCCUGAGGGGAACCUGGAAGGUGAAUGCUUCCGGGGAUACUAGCCCUGUGCUGAGCCAGGACCACCCAAGGGGCUGGAGCAAGCCAGAGGCAGGUGUUCAGCCUGGAUGCCCUGGCACCUGCAGGGUGCACUCAGGGAGCAGGGCUCUGCCUGGCCACCCCUGCCAUGAUGUGCUCACUGUAAAUAC